AUAGCCAAGGAUCAAUACGAAGAGCUUGUUAAACGGCGAGCUAAGGACCUCCAACAGUACAAAACCAGGAUGGUGUCUGCUGAACUAUCCAGACUGCUGUUUGCUUCGCCUAACUCUCCUCUGCAGUAUCCUAUUCAAGGUUAUAUAGUACAGCCUUUGACCUCUACUCUCAUACCAGGUUUAGGGCUGCAUGCAGAAAACAGAAGCAGCUACAAGGUAUCUUUAAGUGUGUCUAAAGGCAUCCUGACCACAAAUAUUACACCUGAACAGACAAUCAUCAAAGGAUCUGGUAAGAACAAACUGAUUAUCGAGUCUCGCAGCCUGGUGACCCUCAACAACUUGCUAGCCAAAGUGUCCUAUACCAGCACUGACUACCACAUAAACACUGGAGACCUUGCCACUUUCCAGUUUGAAAUGCAUGAAGCUGUGUUUCCAAUUGCCAUCAAACAGCCUCGUGUACCAGUCCUGUAUGAGAUGGGAACAGAUAUCAGCUCUCAAGUCACCAUCACAACAAAAACUUUCCAGCGCUAUAGACACUUAAGAGUGUUGCUUGACAGCAUCCGGCAAUUUUAUAGCGACGUAAAAAUUAUUAUUGCCGAUGACAGCUUUGAAACGGAGCAUAUUACUGGAGAAAACAUUCAACAUUACAUUAUGCCUCCAGCACAGGGCUGGUUUGCAGGCAGAAAUCUGGCUGUUUCCCAGGUAACCACCAAGUACUUCCUGUGGGUGGAUGAUGACUUUAUGUUUACAAAGAAGACGAAGAUAGAGAACCUUGUAGAGGUGAUGGAAGCGAUGCCAGAACUUGACGUGGUUGGUGGGUCGGUGAAAGGGAAUCAGUUUUACUUUGCUCUCAUCUAUGAGGAAGGAGAUGAAAUUGAAGGUGGCUGCCUUUACAGGAAAUCUGGAGGGAAAUUUCAAACACUUCCUGGUUACCCACAAUGUUCUAUGACCAAUGGAGUUGUCAACUUCUUCCUGGCACGCACAGAUGCCGUGCAGAGGGUGGGCUUUGAUCCUAAGCUCCAGCGGACAGCACAUUCAGAGUUCUUUAUGGAUGGUCUGGGCACUUUGCUAGUUGCCACAUGUGGUGAUGUGUCCAUUGACCAUCAACUCACAACAUCAGAAAACAAGAGUCCUUUGUACAACAAAUUUAGAUACCCUGGACAAGGUGAUGUUGAGUUCAAACUGAAGCUUCACUUUUACAAAAAUCAUCUAAAAUGCAUUAAAUAUGGAUAG